CGACACCGCCAAGCCGCAGGCAGAGACGCCCCCACCGAGGGGAGGAUUGGUUCCCGAGCCGGUUGCGAUGCCCCCUCGGUAGCUGGGGCCCCCGGUCGGGUGUUUGUAAGUGUUUCUAUGUGGGAGAAGGAGGAGGAGGAGGAAGAAGAAGCAGCGAUUUGUCUUCUCGGCUGGUCUCCCCCUGGCUCUACAUGUUCACUGCACUAAGGAGGAGACGGAAGAGGAGCCUCAGCCGCCCCCCCUCCCGGCCCGGAUUAUAGGCUCACCACAGCCGCCUCGGCCUCGGCCUCUCCACGGAUUUAAACGCCGAUUCGCCCAGUGUUUGGGAGAUGGGAAGUAAUGAUAGCUGGCACAUAAGCUAAAGUACUUGUGUAGACACCACCAUCCCAGAAUUUCAGGAUGAAUGGGGAUAUGCCUCAUGUUCCCAUCACUACUCUUGCGGGGAUUGCUAGUCUCACAGACCUCUUGAAUCAGUUGCCUCUUCCAUCUCCUUUACCUGCUACAACUACAAAGAGCCUUCUGUUUAAUGGAAGAAUAGCAGAAGAGGUAAACUGCCUUUUGGCCUGUAGGGAUGAAAAUUUGGUUUCACAGCUUGUUCAUACCCUCAACCAGGUGUCAACAGAUCAUAUAGAGUUGAAAGAUAAUCUUGGUAGUGAUGAUCCAGAAGGAGAUAUACCAGUCUUACUGCAGUCUGUCCUGGCAAGGAAUCCUAAUGUUUUCAGGGAGAAAAGCAUGCAGAACAGAUAUGUACAAAGUGGAAUGAUGAUGUCCCAGUAUAAACUUUCUCAAAAUUCCAUGCACAGUAGUCCUGCAUCUUCCAAUUAUCAACAAACCACUAUCUCACAUAGCCCUUCCAGCCGAUUUGUGCCCCCACAGACAAGCUCUGGGAACAGAUAUAUGGCACAACCAAACAGCCCAGUGCCUAGUCCAUAUGCCCCACAGAGCCCUGCAGGAUACAUGCCAUACUCACAUCCUCCAAGUUACACACCACAUCCACAGAUGCAGCAAGCAUCAGUAUCAAGUCCCAUUGUCCCAAGUGGACUGAGAAACAUGCAUGAUAAUAAAGUUUCUGGUCAGUUGUCUGGCAAUUCAGCUAAUCAUCAUGCUGAUAAUCCUAGACAUGGCUCAAGUGACGACUACCUACACAUGGUGCACAGGCUAAGUAGUGAUGAUGGAGAUUCUUCAACAAUGAGGAAUGCAGCAUCUUUUCCUUUGAGGUCUCCACAGCCAGUGUGCUCUCCAGCUGGAAGUGAUGGAACUCCUAAAGGAUCAAGACCACCAUUAAUUUUACAGUCUCAGCCUCCACCCUAUUCAUCACCUAGAGAUGUUCCACCUGACAUAUUAUUAGAUUCACCAGAAAGAAAACAGAAGAAACAAAAGAAAAUGAAGUUAGGGAAAGAUGAAAAAGAUCAGAGUGAAAAAGCUGCGAUGUAUGAUAUCAUUAGUUCUCCAUCCAAGGACUCUACUAAACUUACAUUAAGACUUUCUCGUGUAAGAUCUUCAGAUAUGGACCAGCAGGAAGAUAUGCUUUCUGGUAUAGAAAAUAGUAAUGUGUCAGAGAGUGAUAUUCCUUUUAAUGUGCAGUACCCAGGACAAACUUCAAAAACACCCAUUACGCCGCAGGAUGUAAACCGCCCACUAAAUGCUGCUCAGUGUUUGCCGCAGCAUGAACAGACAGCAUUCCUUCAGGCACAACAAGUGCCUGUUUUACAACAGAACACUUCAGUUACUGCAAAACAACCUCAGACUUCUGUGGUACAGUCUCAGCAACAGGCACCACAACAAGGAACGCUAUAUGAUGAAGUAGAAUUGGAUGCAUUGGCUGAAAUCGAGAGGAUAGAACGGGAAUCAGCUAUUGAAAGGGAACGUUUUUCAAAGGAAGUUCAAGAUAAAGAUAAGCCUUUGAAAAAAAGAAAACAAGAUUCUUACCCACAGGAGGCUGGGGGUGCUACUGGAGGUAAUAGACCAGCUUCUCAGGAGACAGGUUCUACAGGAAAUAAUGGGUCAAGGCCAGCUUUAAUGGUUAGCAUUGAUCUUCAUCAGGCAGGACGAGUAGAGUCUCAGGCAUCUGUAACUCAGGAUUCAGACACCAUUAAAAAGCCUGAAGAAAACAAACAGUGUAAUGAUGGGGCAAUUUCUAUUCAUCAAGAAGAUAUUGGGGUUCUUAAACAAAAACCUGAAAACCAUCCUGAGACCCCUAGGAAAAAGUCUGAUACUGAGAGUGUAAAGACUGAAAUGAAACAAAAUGAGAACAAAUUGAUGGAAUCUAAACCAAAUGAAAAUAAAUUGUUGGAGACAAAACUGAAUGAGAGCAGACCAGCAGCAGAAACUAAACAGAUUGAGAGCAGAUCAACAGUAGAAACUAAGCAGACUGAGAAAACCAAGCAGAAUGAAAGCAGAACAACAGAAACUAAACAAAAUGAGAGCAAAACAGAAUCAAAACAAAAUGAGAACAAAACAUCAGACACAAAACCAAAUGAAAAUAAACAAAAUAAUGGUAAACAGGAAACAACCAAGGUGAGACCUGAAACUCCGAAGCAGAAAGGUGAGGGCAGACCUGAAACUCCCAAACAGAAGGGUGACGGCCGCCCUGAAACUCCCAAGCAAAAGGGUGAUGGCCGCCCUGAAACUCCCAAGCAAAAGGGUGAUGGCCGCCCUGAAACCCCCAAGCAGAAGGGUGAUGGCCGUCCCGAAACGCCAAGACACCGGCAUGAUAGGAGAGAUUCUGGAAAGGCAUCUACAGAAAAGAAACCUGAAACAAGACAUAAACAGGAUGUUAAAUCUGAUUCUCCUCGAGUGAAAUCUGAAAGAUCAGAAACCUCAAAGCAAAGACCAGAUGGACGAUCUGUUUCUGAGUCACUUAGGCGCGACCAUGAUAAUAAACAGAAAUCAGAGGACAAGACUGAAUCAGAGAGACAUCGAGGAGAUCAGUCCAGAAUUCGAAGACCAGAUACAUUAAGAUCCUCCAAUAGAAAUGAACAUGAUUCUAAACAUGGCAUUAAAUCUGAUGGUUCAAAAACAGAUAAACUAGAAAGAAAACACAGACAUGAAUCAGGGGAGUCCAGGGAAAGACUGUCUUCUGGGGAACAGAAAUCAAGACCUGAUAGUCCUCGUAUUAAAGAGAGUAGAGGCGAUACUAGCAAAACAAGAUCUGAUAAAUCUGGUUUUAAAUCACCAAAUAGUAAAGAUGAUCGGAGGACAGAUGGUAAUAAAAGUAAAGUAGACAGUAAUAAAACACACCCUGACAAUAAAGCAGAUUUUCCCAGUUAUUUGUUGGGGGGCAGAUCUGGUGCAUUGAAAAAUUUUGUCAUUCCGAAAAUCAAGAGAGAUAAAGAUGGCAAUGUUACUCAGGAAACAAGGAAAAUGGAACUUAAGGGGGAUCAGAAAGAUAAAAUUGAAAAAAUGGGACUAGUUGAAGAUCUAAAUAAAGGAGCUAAGCCUGUAGUUGUCCUGCAGAAGCUAUCUUUGGAUGAUGUUCAGAAAUUAAUUAAGGAUAGAGAGGACAGAUCAAGAAGUUCUCUUAAAACUAGCAAGAAUAAGCCUUCCAAAUCAAAUAAAGGUAGUAUAGAUCAGUCAGUGUUAAAAGAAUUACCCCCUGAGCUCCUGGCAGAAAUUGAAUCUACAAUGCCACUUUGUGAACGUGUGAAAAUGAACAAGCGCAAACGUAGCACAGUUAAUGAAAAGCCAAAAUAUGCUGAAAUCAGUUCGGAUGAAGACAAUGACAGUGAAGAUGCUUUUGAAUCUUCUCGGAAACGACAUAAGAAGGACAAAGAUGAUGAUAAAGCUUGGGAGUAUGAAGAGCGUGACAGACGAAGCUCUGGGGAUCAUAGGAGAAGUGGCCAUUCUCAUGAAGGCAGGAGGAGUUCCGGCGGUGGCCGUUAUCGAAAUCGCAGCCCAUCAGAUUCAGACAUGGAAGAUUAUUCUCCUCCUCCCAGCCUUAGUGAGGUUGCUAGAAAAAUGAAGAAAAGAGAAAAGCAAAAGAAACGGAAAGCUUAUGAACCAAAACUAACACCUGAAGAAAUGAUGGAUUCUUCUACUUUUAAGAGGUUUACUGCUUCAAUUGAGAAUAUUUUAGAAAAUCUCGAAGACAUGGAUUUUACAGCAUUUGGUGAUGAUGAAGAAAUUCCUCAGGAACUGCUAUUAGGAAAACAUCAGCUUAGUGAAUUGGGCAGUGAAUCUGCUAAAAUUAAAGCAAUGGGAAUAAUGGAUAAGCUUGCAACUGAUAAAACAGUAAAAGUUCUAAAUAUUUUGGAGAAAAAUAUUCAGGAUGGAUCUAAGCUUUCUACAUUGUUAAAUCAUAAUAAUGACACUGAAGAAGAGGAACGUCUGUGGAGAGACCUAAUUAUGGAAAGAGUUACAAAAUCAGCAGAUGCUUGUCUUACAGCUAUCAACAUUAUGACAUCACCUAACAUGCCAAAAGCUGUAUAUAUUGAGGAUGUAAUAGAAAGAGUUAUACAAUACACUAAGUUUCAUUUACAAAAUACUCUUUAUCCUCAAUAUGAUCCUGUCUACAGAGUGGAUCCCCAUGGGGGAGGAGUAUUAACCUCAAAGGCAAAACGUGCCAAGUGCUCCACUCAUAAGCAGAGGGUAAUCGUAAUGCUUUAUAACAAAGUUUGUGAUAUCGUUAGCAGCUUAGCAGAACUUUUGGAAAUACAGCUCCUAACUGAUACAACAAUUCUUCAGAUAUCAUCAAUGGGAAUAACACCAUUUUUUGUAGAAAAUGUCAGUGAACUCCAAUUAUGUGCCAUCAAAUUAGUCACUGCAGUAUUCUCAAGGUAUGAAAAACAUAGGCAGUUGAUUUUGGAAGAAAUUUUUACUUCACUUGCAAGAUUACCAACCAGCAAGAGGAGUCUAAGGAACUUCAGGUUGAAUAGUAGUGAUAUGGAUGGGGAGCCUAUGUAUAUUCAGAUGGUGACUGCACUGGUUUUACAACUUAUUCAAUGCGUAGUACAUCUACCAUCAGCAGAGAAAGAUUCUAAUUCAGAAGAGGAAUCAAACAAAAAAGUGGAUCAGGAUGUCGUCAUUACUAAUUCUUAUGAGACAGCUAUGAGAACUGCUCAGAAUUUCCUCUCUAUCUUCCUCAAAAAAUGUGGGAGUAAGCAAGGGGAAGAAGAUUACAGACCACUCUUUGAAAAUUUUGUUCAAGAUCUACUUUCCACAGUCAAUAAGCCAGAAUGGCCAGCUGCUGAAUUAUUACUUAGCUUGUUAGGGAGACUCUUGGUUCAUCAGUUCAGCAAUAAGUCAACAGAGAUGGCUUUAAGAGUGGCAUCUCUUGAUUAUCUUGGAACAGUAGCUGCACGAUUAAGGAAAGAUGCUGUUACAAGCAAAAUGGAUCAAGGAUCUAUCGCCCGAAUUUUAAAACAGGUUACAGGAGGGGAAGAUGAAAUUCAACAGUUGCAAAAGGCAUUGCUAGAUUACCUGGAUGAAAACACUGAGACUGAUCCUUCAUUGGUGUUUUCUCGUAAGUUCUAUAUAGCUCAGUGGUUUCGAGACACAACUUUGGAAACAGAAAAAGCUAUGAAAUCACAGAAAGAUGAGGAUUCUUCAGAAGGGACACAUCAUGCAAAGGAGGUUGAAACAACUGGUCAAAUCAUGCAUCGAGCAGAAAGUCGGAAAAAAUUUCUUCGAAGCAUUAUUAAAACUACACCUUCACAGUUCAGUACAUUAAAGAUGAAUUCUGAUACUGUGGACUAUGAAGAUGCUUGCUUGAUUGUAAGAUACUUGGCCUCUAUGAGGCCGUUUGCCCAGAGCUUCGAUAUUUAUUUGACACAGAUUCUGCGAGUACUUGGUGAAAAUGCAAUAGCUGUUCGAACAAAAGCCAUGAAGUGUUUAUCUGAGGUUGUUGCUGUAGAUCCCAGCAUUUUAGCAAGGUUGGAUAUGCAACGAGGUGUCCAUGGAAGGUUAAUGGAUAAUUCCACUAGUGUCCGUGAGGCAGCAGUAGAAUUGUUAGGUCGAUUUGUCCUCUGUCGACCUCAGCUUGCUGAACAGUAUUAUGACAUGCUGAUUGAGCGAAUAUUGGAUACUGGUAUCAGUGUCAGGAAAAGGGUAAUUAAGAUUCUGAGAGAUAUAUGUAUUGAACAACCAACAUUUCCCAAAAUCACAGAGAUGUGUGUGAAAAUGAUCCGCAGAGUAAAUGAUGAAGAGGGCAUUAAGAAAUUAGUAAAUGAAACAUUCCAGAAACUCUGGUUUACUCCAACUCCUCAUCAUGACAAAGAAGCAAUGACCAGGAAAAUUUUAAACAUCACUGAUGUGGUUGCAGCUUGUAGAGAUACUGGAUAUGACUGGUUUGAACAGCUUCUUCAAAAUCUUUUAAAGUCAGAAGAGGAUGCUUCUUAUAAACCUGUGAAGAAAGCUUGUACUCAGCUUGUUGAUAACUUAGUUGAGCAUAUCCUUAAAUAUGAGGAAUCCCUAGCUGAUUCUGACAAUAAGGGAGUGAAUUCUGGUCGAUUGGUAGCUUGCAUAACCACUUUGUUCUUAUUCAGCAAAAUCAGACCCCAGCUAAUGGUCAAACAUGCCAUGACCAUGCAACCAUACCUUACCACUAAAUGUAGCACACAAAAUGAUUUCAUGGUCAUUUGCAAUGUUGCAAAAAUUUUAGAAUUAGUAGUACCAUUGAUGGAGCACCCAAGUGAAACCUUCCUUGCCACCAUUGAGGAAGAUCUAAUGAAACUUAUCAUCAAAUAUGGCAUGACAGUAGUGCAACAUUGUGUGAGCUGUCUUGGGGCUGUUGUAAAUAAAGUCACACAAAAUUAUAAAUUUGUGUGGGCUUGUUUCAAUAGAUACUAUGGUGCACUUUCAAAAUUAAAAAGUCAGCACCAGGAAGACCCAAACAGCACAAUACUUACAGCAAAUAAACCAGCACUGCUUAGAUCUCUUUUCACUGUUGGAGCACUGUGUCGACAUUUUGAUUUUGAUCAAGAAGACUUUAAAGGCAGUAGUAAGGUUAACAUAAAGGAUAAAGUACUUGAACUCCUGAUGUAUUUUACAAAACAUUCAGAUGAGGAAGUACAAACCAAAGCCAUUAUUGGUCUAGGAUUUGCAUUUAUUCAGCAUCCAAGUCUAAUGUUUGAGCAAGAGGUAAAGAAUCUAUAUAACAGCAUUCUAGCUGAUAAAAACAGCUCAGUAAAUUUAAAAAUCCAAGUGUUAAAAAAUCUCCAGACCUACCUACAAGAAGAAGAUACACGUAUGCAACAGGCAGAUAAAGACUGGAAGAAAGUAGCAAAACAGGAAGAUCUAAAAGAAAUGGGUGAUGUGUCCUCAGGGAUGAGUAGCUCCAUUAUGCAGCUUUACCUCAAACAAGUUCUUGAGGCUUUCUUUCACACUCAGUCAAGUGUGCGCCACUUUGCCCUAAAUGUCAUUGCAUUGACUCUCAACCAGGGGCUCAUCCAUCCUGUUCAGUGUGUGCCAUAUUUAAUUGCUAUGGGCACAGACCCUGAACCUGCUAUGCGGAAUAAAGCUGACCAGCAGCUUGUGGAAAUAGACAAAAAAUAUGCUGGAUUCAUUCACAUGAAAGCUGUGGCUGGUAUGAAGAUGUCUUACCAAGUUCAGCAAGCUAUCAACACAUCCCCAAAAGAUGCUGUGAGGGGCUUCAGACAAGACGAAUCCUCCAGUGCUUUAUGUUCACAUCUUUAUUCCAUGAUCCGAGGAAAUCGCCAACACAGACGAGCCUUUCUAAUUGCUUUACUCAAUCUCUUUGAUGACACAGCAAAAACAGAAGUGAAUAUGCUCUUGUAUAUAGCAGACAAUCUAGCCUGUUUCCCUUAUCAGACACAGGAAGAACCAUUGUUUAUAAUGCAUCAUAUAGAUAUUACACUCUCAGUUUCUGGCAGUAACCUUCUGCAGUCAUUUAAGGAGUCUAUGGUGAAAGACAAGAGGAAAGAGAAGAAACCCUCACCAAAUCGGGAAAGUGCAUCUGGAAGUGAUAGUGAAGGAGAGGUUUCCAAGCCUCGAAAGUCACGUAAACGAGUUGACUCUGAUUCAGAUUCAGAUGAUGAAGAUGACAUAAAUGCUGUGAUGAAAUGUUUACCGGACAAUUCGAGUCCUUUAAUUGAGUUUGCAAAUGUGUCCCAGGGUAUUUUAUUACUUCUGAUGUUAAAACAACAUUUAAAGAACCUAUGUGGAUUCUCUGAUAGUAAAAUCCAGAAGUAUUCUCCAUCUGAAUCUGCAAAAGUAUAUGAUAAGGCGAUAAACCGGAAAACAGGAAUCCAUUUUCAUCCUAAACAAACCUUAGACUUCCUGCGGAGUGAUAUGGCUAAUUCCAAAAUUACAGAAGAUGUGAAGAGGAGUAUAGUUAAACAAUAUCUAGAUUUCAAGCUCCUCAUGGAACAUCUGGAUCCUGAUGAAGAAGAAGAAGAAGGGGAGGUGUCAGCUAGCACAAAUGCUCGGAACAAAGCAAUUACCUCACUGCUUGGAGGAGGCAGCCCUAAAAAUAAUGCAGCUGAGACAGAAGAUGAUGAAAGUGAUGGGGAGGAUAGAGGAGGAGGCACUUCAGGGUCAUUGAGAAGGUCAAAACGAAAUUCAGACUCUACAGAGUUGGCAGCACAGAUGAAUGAAAGUGUUGAUGUCAUGGAUGUCAUCGCUAUUUGCUGUCCAAAGUACAAAGAUCGACCACAAAUUGCAAGAGUAGUACAGAAAACCAGCAAUGGCUUCAGUGUUCAGUGGAUGGCAGGCUCCUACAGUGGCUCCUGGACUGAGGCUAAGCGCCGUGAUGGUCGCAAACUGGUGCCUUGGGUAGACACUAUUAAAGAGUCAGACAUUAUUUACAAAAAAAUUGCUCUAACGAGUGCUAAUAAGCUGACUAAUAAAGUUGUUCAGACUUUACGAUCGCUGUAUGCCGCCAAGGAUGGGACUUCCAGCUAAUGAAUUUGUACAUGCAGCCAAAUUACAGGAAUUUUAAAUGAAAGGCAGAAAAACUUGAAAUAUCAACAUUCUGGCAAAAAAAAAAAAUCAGUUUUAUGAAGAGUAAGAAUGAAACCUGGGACGCAGGAAAAAAAAAAAAAAGAAGGAAAUGUUUGGUAAACAUUUUUGUGGGAGCUUCCUUCGCUGUUGUGCAGCAGAAACUUCUCAGUUCAUUUUUACUCCCACUGUAUUAUAGUUUAACAAAAAUUGUUUAUAUCUUGAAAAAAACUUUCUGUUUAAUAAAAUAAACAAGUGAAUGUUGGAAAUUAGUCUGUUAAUGUUCUUAAUAAAGUGUUCUUGGAGUUUAACCUAGCAGCGGAUGGCUUUCUUUAGCUUAGCCCAGUUUCCAGGGAAGCAUUGUUUUUUCCAGGCUGUAAAAUGGCAGAUUCCCCUGGAUAUAUAAUUUAUUCUGUUGAAAAAAAAAAGCAUGCAGUAUCUAUGACCUAUCUGCAGGAGGAGUUUUUGUAAAUGUAGAUUUUGAUGUAUUAGGUCACCCUGAAAAUAAUACAAGAAAAGGGAUCCCCAGGCAAUCUGGUGGAACGAAUACUGCAAUAAAUUUUUUUACUUCUCUUUGUUA